GACAGCGAUCGUACCGGAAACCCUCCUCUUGUCUCACUGUAACAAUGCGAAUCGUGCGACCGUACGACCGUUCAUUGAAGCGAUUUUCUGCCAGUACCUGCACUGAGAAACAAUGCGUCUCUCGUCGUUUUUGUGGGGUUUUUGUUGCUGGGUAAUAUAAGACGCUGGCUGUAUUGCGCACGUCGCGCGCUUAUAUCUCUGAAAUAGCACAGACGGGCUUCAGUUCUUCCGUACAGGGAGGGGUGUGAGUGAACGCCGUGAUUUUCUUUGUUUACACCGGAAUUAAAGUGAGAAUGCGACGGAUUGUCGGACUGCAGGUGCCUGUGAUAUUGUGGAUCUUUAAUGUUUAUGUGAAGCUCAGUUCUGGAGCCCAGAGGUGUGAUGAGGUGUUGGCCACACCGCUUCCCUACAGCGCCUUCACCAGCUCUUCUGUGCUGGCGGCUGAUUUUGGCGCUGGCUAUGCCAAACUCAACAGGAGAGUAGGCAAUGGAGGGUGGUCACCGCGAGACACUGACAAGCAUCAGUGGCUACAGGUGGAUCUCAAAGCCAGGAGGCAAAUCACCGCCAUAGCGACACAGGGCAGAUACAGCAGCCCCGAUUGGACGAAACAUUACAGGAUACUCUACAGUGACACAGGAAGUAAUUGGAAACCUUAUCAGCAAGAUGGCAACAUAUGGACCUUUUCAGGUAACUGGAACUCAGAGCGGGUCGUGCGUCAUGAACUUCAACAUCCUUUCGUGACUCGAUAUGUGCGGUUCCUCCCGCUGGACUGGAAUGAGGAGGGCAGAAUUGGGCUGAGGGUGGAGCUCUAUGGUUGCUCUUACUAUGCGGAUGUGAUCAGCUUUGAUGGCCAGGGAGUGAUUUCAUAUCGAUUCCGACAGAAGAAGCUGAAGAUCACGAAGGAUGUGAUUUCGCUGAAGUUUAAGACCACUAAAGGAGACGGCAUUCUGCUGCAUGGAGAGGGGCAACAGGGGGAUUACAUCACACUCGAGCUGCGCAGAGCCAAACUACUGCUGCACAUCAACCUGGGCAGUAAUCAGUACGGCUCUAUUCGAGGUCACACAUCAGCGUCUAGCGGCAGUCUGUUGGACGACGAUCACUGGCACUCGGUUCUGAUCGAACGCUACAGACGCAACGUCAACUUCACCCUCGAUCAGCACACGCAGAGCUUCCGGACCAACGGAGAGUUUGACCACCUGGACCUCGAUUAUGAAAUUACGUUUGGGGGGAUGCCAGUAUCUGCCAAGCCCAGCUCAGGAGGUCGAGAAAACUUCUUCGGCUGCAUGGAGGCCAUUCAUUACAACGGAGACAAUAUCACUAACCUCGCACGCAAGAGGAAAGUGGACACCUCCAGUUUUCGUAACCUGACGUUCUCCUGCGCAGAAUCAAACACGUUCCCGGCGUUCUUUAAUUCCACCAGCACCUUGCAGCUUCCCGGUCGAUCCGAUGCGGAUACAGUGUCGGUCAGACUCCAUUUCCGCACGUGGAACCCCAGCGGUCUUCUCUUCUUUACCCCGCUCAUGCCCGGUGGGGUGGAGGUCAGUCUGGUGGACGGCAAAGUCACCGUCCACAUCUACAUCGCAAUGGAAAAAAACACACGUGUGGAUAUAUCAUCAGGUUCUGGUCUUAAUGAUGGUCAAUGGCACAGCGUUCACUUUCUGGCACUGGAGAGCAUUGCAAUGUUGACCAUCAACGGCGAUGAGAUGUCCACAGUGAGAGCUGCCCUGCCUAUUCAGAUCAGGACUGGGGGAGAUUAUUUUUUCGGAGGAUAUUUCCCGUGGACGGCCCUUUCACCAUCACAGCGUUCCUUUCAGGGCUGCAUGCAGCUCAUUCACGUGGAUGACCAGCUGGUUGACCUGCGAUCUGUUGAGCAAGGCAUGCUGGGUAGUUUUGAGAACGUCAGCCUAGACGUGUGUGCCAUCAUAGACAGGUGUGAGCCAAACCACUGUGAACACGGAGGCCGAUGCUUUCAGACUGGAAAUGCUUUUAAAUGUGCCUGUGAUGGGACUGGAUACUCUGGUGCCACCUGCCACAACUCUGUCUAUGAACAGUCUUGUGAGGAGUACAAACAUAUGGGCCGAACCUCAGACACGUACUGGAUCGAUCCUGACGGCAGCGGACCCCUCGAACCCUUCAAAGUCACCUGUGAUAUGACAGAAAACAAAGUAUGGACAACCGUCGUGAAUGAUUUGUCACCUCAGAGUCAUGUGACAGCAGCUUCUGGUCCUGAAGAGAAGACUGUACUUACCCUAAAUUACAGCAUGUCUGAUGAACAGAUGAACGCAGUCACCAGCAGCUCUGAGAUCUGUGAGCAGUACGUGGCCUACAUGUGCUACAAAUCACGCCUGCUCAACUCACCAGAUGAGUCUUCAUCCUCGUGGUGGGUCGGCCGGGGAAAUGAAAAGCAUUUCUAUUGGGGUGGCUCGGGACCGGGUGUGCAGAAAUGUGCUUGUGGCAUCGAGCGCAACUGUACAGACCCCAGAUACUACUGUAACUGCGAUGCUGAUCUGAGACAAUGGAAGGAGGAUGACGGUCUGUUAAUGUAUAAGGAGCAUCUGCCUGUCAGUCAUGUGGUUUUCGGGGAUACACAUCGUUCGGGAUCAGAAGCCAAACUCACUGUUGGGCCACUUCGUUGUAAAGGAGAUCGUAACUACUGGAAUGCAGCGUCCUUCAAUACACCUGCAUCCUAUCUGCAUUUUACCUCCAUCCAAGGCGAGAACAGCAUCGACAUCUCCUUCUACUUUAAGACGUCCUCUUCGCACGGUAUCUUUCUGGAAAACCUGGGAAGUCCAGACUUCAUCCGUGUAGAAUUGAAAUCCGCUACGAUGGUGUCGUUCUCCUUUGAUGUGGGUAACGGACCGGUGGAGUUGACCGUCCGCUCGUACGCAGCCCUCAAUGAUGACCAGUGGCACAGAGUAGAGGCGGAACGAAAUAUUAAAGAGGCUGUUUUGCGAUUGGAUAAGACAUAUAGGGAGGCGCGGCCGGCCCCGCCUCAGGGACACACCCGCCUGCAGCUCUUUAGUCAACUGUUCGUAGGGGCAUCAGGAGGGCAAAGAGGUGUCCUGGGCUGCAUUCGUUCUCUGAGGAUCAAUGGGGUCGCGCUUGACCUUGAGGAGAGGGCAAAGGUCACUCCAGGGGUGAAGCCGGGCUGCUCGGGUCAUUGCACCAGUUAUGGGAUGCACUGCCGAAAUGGAGGAAAAUGUCUGGAGAAAUAUAACGGCUACUCCUGUGACUGCAGUCUGACUGCUUUCGAUGGACAAUUCUGCAGUAAUGAUGUUGGGGGUUACUUUGAGAGUGGGACCCUGGUGCGGUACGACCUCAUGUCAGACAGCAGCUCUCUUCCUGAGGUUAAAGAUGUAAAAGAAGGCUCUGGAGUUUUGAGCGCUGUGGGUAAUCUGACCCGUGAAGAGCUCAGUUUUAGUUUCAGUACAUCACAGACCCCCUCCGUCCUCAUCUACAUCAGCUCCAAGACCCAGGAUUACAUGGCCGUGGUUCUGCGGCAUAACGGUUCUCUCCAGAUUCGCUAUAAUCUGGGUGGAUUGAGGGAGCCAUACACGAUCAACCUAAAUAAUCCUAACAUGGCGAACGGACAACCCCAUAACGUUAACAUCACGCGACAUGACAGACUCAUUCAGCUGCAGUUGGACCACUAUCCUACAGUAAGCUACUUUCUACCUGAAGCAUCGGACACAGAGUUUAACCUCGUGAAGACCAUUUUCUUAGGAAAGGUUUUUGAAACGGGUCAGAUUGAUCCAGUGUUGAUCGAGCGCUAUAACACCCCAGGCUUCGUGGGCUGCCUCUCCAGAGUGCAGUUUAAUCGCGUGGCCCCGCUGAAGGCCGCCCUGAGGACGAACGUUCCCUCCACCGCAUCUGUACAGGGACUCCUGGUAGAGUCUAACUGCGGAGCAUCUCCACUUACAGUUCCACCCAUGUCUGUCACCUUUGACCCCUGGCACCCAGAUUCAGCUGAUGCCCAAUUUCCAUUCAACGAAGAGCGAAUAAACCGCGAUGCAGUCAACAGGAAAUCUGCAAUUAUUGGAGGCAUCAUCGCAGUUGUGAUUUUUACCAUCCUCUGCACGCUGGCGUUUCUGGUUCGUCAUUUGUUUCGUCACAAAGGCUCCUACCACACCAAUGAAGCCAAAGGGGCGGAGUCUGCAGACUGCGCCGACGCAGCCAUCAUUGUAAAUGACCCCGCCUUUACAGAGACCAUUGACGAGAGCAAGAAGGAGUGGUUUAUUUAGCCACACCCCAAUGGGAGGGGCUUCACUCCCAUGCUUUGAAGGACACGUACGGAAAGAGAAACCCAUUGUUUGGGUAUGUUCAGUCGGUUUGGACCACGUCUGUGCACUUCCGGCUCUUCUGUAAUUAUUUUGUAUGUACAGUACGUCACUACAGCACAAGGACUUGUAUAAGAUCAAACGCAUCCCAUGCACAUUCCACAGACAACAGUAGAUAGCAAUCGAUGCCUUUUCAUCAUUGCAAUACCUACCGUCUGAUUACAAAAGGGAAUGGUUGACUGGCAGAAAUGUGCAUUUAUCAGGUUUGAAUGCACCAAAAACUCCAAUAGCACAAAUGUGUACAGAACGCAUAACUUUGUUUUCGAUAAUGACAUCUGAUUGUAUUUAAAUGUUAUGUUGUCAGCAUCUUCAGGAUAAGAUUAUAUUGUAGCAUGGUUAUCGGGCAAUGGCAUUUCUGAAUCAUUCAUCAAUGUUAAUGCAGCACUUUUCUAUCUCAUGAUAUCUUUAUAGUUACCAGAAUUCAGUGUUAUUUAUCUGUCCUCCAUAAGUGCUUGUUCUAACUUUAUGCGUUUUAGAUAACCCGUCUUCAAUUUUGUAAGGAAUCUUAACAUGAACACAAGCUCUAGUGGAGUUUUAGCAGUUUAGUUGAUGUGCGUAGUAAAUGAAAACAUGUUCGGUCCAGUUUAUUUAAAUGUGCAUCAAGGGUUAAUUGACAUUACUGAUGCCCAAGCAUGAUUUUUUUAUUGAAUGGCCUCAUAUGCUUAUAUAGGAUAUUAUUAUUUAUCUUUGUGUGUUUGCAAUUUAAUGCAAAAGUUAAUUUAAGGUUGGCCACAGAAGCAACACAUUUUUAUUGUCUUUAUCUUAUGUUUCAUGUCAUUUUGAAUAACGUCUGAAUUGUUGUCUUUUUGGCAAUUUAUUAACAUUCCUCAACGGCAGUAUUUAUUUAAACCUUCAGAUAAAUCACAAAACUUAGUUUAUGUUAAAGCAACACAAUAAUGUUUCUUUUAAUGAUGGAACUUAAUACAUGAUUGUUAAUUUCCAGAAAUGUUUAUGUGUUUAUUUAAUGAUAAAGGGUGAAAAGUUACUGAGUUUCCAGUAAUGAACACAUUGCAAAUAUCAAUAAACCACUGGAUUGUUUUUUGUAAGCAGACCAGGUAAAGUGUGACAGUUGUUUUACUCUCUCAUGUCACAAUAGUUAAUGUGCCUUUGAUAAUUAAGCAACAAUUAAUCAUCAAAUUAUCAUACCCUACAUUUUACCUUUAUUCGCUUGAUUUAGUUUUUACAUGAACAUUUGAUCUCUUAAAAAAAAUUAAACCGGAUGUGUUUGUUAAUGUAAAUGACCUCACAUAUGCUUGUCUGACUUCUGCAUGUCAGUGUACUGUAUUUCACACAUGGUUCUAGCUGCACAGGAUUAAAUUCGACAUCAAAGGCAUUUUUUUAAUAAAUAUGCGUGGUUGUGUCAUAACCUAGAUGAGUUUUACAGCGAUGAAUAGUGAGGGAACAUUGAGAAUUAAAAAUUAAGUGUAAAUAAUGUUCUGAAAACAGUGACAUAGGCAAUUAUUGUAACACCACAGGUUAAAACCACAGUAAAGAAUGAUAACCAUAUUCAUGUAUUGUACCUUGUGCAAAUAUCAUAGCACUUUUAUAGUGCAUGUACAGGUAAAAACUUGACACUUUUUGGUACUAUUCAGUCUUUUAAAAGAUUUUCGAAGAGUUUGGAUAUGAUAUGACCCCUUUAUCAAAGCUUAAAACAAGAGUAAUCGGUUCAUAUUAAUUGGUUACUGACAAAUCACCGGUAAUAAUAAAAUGAAAAAAAAAAACAUACUGAGAAUGAUACUUUGUUUUGCAAUGUUACUUGUGUCUUGUUUAUUUAUUUAUUUAUUGUAAAUAAAACUGCUUCCAUAAUGCACAAAAUGUUUGUUGCAUUGCAUUGCCUUUUAAUAUUUAACUCAUGUAAAUAAAAUUUUGUAACAUA